CUGGGGGUGGAAGCUUCGGUGUGAACACUGGGAAAGGGAAGUUUAAACCCGGGGACUAAUAACGGGGCAGCACUCCGAUUUGUAUAGGGGAUAGAGUGUUAUUUAUCCUCCUCGCUCUGCGUAAGAGAGGCUCAGAAAGGUUAAGGAACAAGGGGUUGCAGAAGACGUGCUCAUUCGGCUGAGGGCAGUAGGAAGGGCAAAGCUUGUUUAGCUCCCCCCCAACCCCAUCAAUCAGGAAAGUUGGUACCCACGCCACGUUCCUUGAAAGAAGUCAGAAUUCAAGCUCUGUUCCAUGAGGAAUUGCAGUUUGUGGAUGACAAUACUAACAAUAUAAUCUGUUAUUCAAGCACACAUCUUCAGAAAGGAAAUUAUAUAAUAAAUGUGACAAACUGUGAAGAUUAAUUGGUGCAGAAUUGGAACAAACUACUUCUGAAACCAAAGGAUGAGAUCCUGAGUAAGCAGUAACAUAUAACAGUUUCAAUCUCUGUCUUAAGCACCAUGUUCUUUUUGUGGUUUUCAAUAUAAUUGACAAUCUCCUGACUUUGGUAGGCUAUGGAUUUCUAACAAUGGAAUGAUGGCUUCAGAUGACUAUAUACUCCAUUUUAUAGUUGAAGAAAAUAAUAAACGUGACCAAUUUACACAACGUGGAAGUCCAAGUGAUUCUCCUGCUAGGCUCUGCAAAGGUACCCAAAGCCAGAGUGGUAAACUUAGUAAUUGUAGUAAAUGUUCCAGUCACUGUGAAAAUUUUCAGCUUGACUAUUCAAAUGACUUCCAUGCUAAUGUUUCAAGAAGGGCUAGCAGCGAUAGCAGCAGUUGUUCAGAACAGAACAACUGUGGAAGUUCUCCGAUUUACAAUUAUGAAGACUUUCACACAUACUCUUCAGAAACCUCUUGUAGCAAUGGCAGCAGCUACAGCAGUCUUUUAGGACAACCAGAAACCAAAGCGGAGGAAUUAUCAAUGCAGAAGAAAGAAACUGAUCACCGAGCCAAAGGGAGUAAAACAUUACCUAAGAAGAAACAGCAGCAAAAGACUUUUUUCACUACUGACAGUAUUAUAAAUUCCCAGAAGAAGAAUAACGUAGCUUGCCGCUUAUUGUCAGCCAGACUUCACAAAGUUAAAGAGCUGAAAAAUGAAGUGUCUGUUCUGAAGAAAAAACUGGAAGCAUCUAACAUGGAAAAUCAGAUCUUGAAGCGGCUUCAGUAUCGACAUUUGAAAGCAAUAAGUAAAUAUGAAAAUGCAGAGACUAAUUUGCCUGAUCUUUUAGCAAAACAGUGUGGCGAAGUGAGGACUCUAAGGGCACUUCUCAGGAAAUCUCAGGAGCAGGAGCGCAAUGCAUCCAGAAAGCUUAAAGAAGUUGAGACACAACUGCUAAAGACAAAAGACACUUUGCAGGCAUUGCAGAAACUUUCUGAAGACAAGAAUCUUGCAGAGAGAGGGGAACUCAGACGCAGGUUAACAGCCCUUACACAAAGAAUGGAAGCUGGUGAUAAGAAAAUUCAGGACUUAGAAAAGCAGCUGCUGUUGAAUAAUACUUCCUUCAGUCACCAGUUAGCAGUUGAGAAGAAAAAGACUAUUGAAGCUCAGUUGGUUACCACAAAUUUGCAAAUGGAAAUCAAGUUGCUUAACCAAAAAAUCAAGGAAAAAGAACGCGAACUUGGCGUAAGAAAUAUUUAUGCAAACCGGUUGCUUAAAGGUCAACAGGACAAAGGUGGUUCAGAGCUUUCCCCAAAAGAUGUUAAUGUCAGCAAGUCAAUACAAGUAGAUAUUAAUCUAGAAGCAAGGAGUUUUCAAAACCACGAGGCAGACAAAACUUCAGGUGUUUUAAAAGAGGAGUUGAUAACCAAAGAUACAAACUCAAAAAACAAACCAUGUGAUGUGCACAAAGAGAUGGAAGUGAUAACAGAACUUAAUCCAAGUGCAAAAUUACCAAUGCAACACAUUUCAGAGUUAGUAGGGGAAGAAAUACAUCAGAGUACAGAAACACUUUUCAGAUGUAAAAACCUAGAAAAACAGAAGAACAGGAGAGAAAGACAAGGGCUAAACUUGUUGAAAGAAGAGUUUGAGAAAUUAAGGACAGACCGAUCAUUUGAGUCUACACACAAUGUCCAACAAAAAGUGAAUAAUCUGGAAGAAGCUGCAAUUGAAAAGCAAGAAAAUGAGCCCAAACAAGCAGGCUGUAAUAAAAUGGAAACAGUAACACAAAGAUACAAAACACCCUCUAAAUUAAAAAAACAGUAUGUGUUUUCUGAAGCUGUUGAAAAUUUGCAUCAGGGAUACCCUUCAACAGGUCCACUGUCCAACACAAGCACAGCCUGCAAUAGCAGACAAAUGAAUAGACACCAGGAUGAUACAGUUGAGUUUAAGGCAGGAAAUUCAGUCAGUGCCUAUGAACCCUCAUUUGGUAAGGUUAGCAAAACAAAGCAAAAGGACACCACUUCAACACAAGGGGAAGACCUCAUUCCUACAGUAUCAACAGAGAAGAAAACUACUCUUAUGGAAGAACUCUUUGGGUCAAGCUGCAUCUUAAAAGACAGUCAACCAAACCUUAAUUUAAAGGAGUUAGGUAAGGGAAAAAAAACUUUGCAGAGUGAAAAGACUUAUGAUGAGAUUUCAUAUGUCAAUGAUGGUUUGCAGUGUGGUGAUUCCAAACAAGCGCAUAUAAAGGUUUUCCAUACAAUCGCCUUCUUGGAAAACUUUAAAUAAUUAUUGGCAUAGUUUCACACUGUUUUCUCCUUAAAACAUAUACAGUAUUUGAAGCAAUGUAUUACCUGCUGAAGACUGGGUUUUUUCCUUUGAAUUUAAUGAGCCCAGAAAAUUUUUCAUUUAACGUAACAGAGGUAGAAACUUUGAUAUUCUGUUGCAGAAAACAUGCAUGCAGGAUAUAUCAGUUUAUAUUUAACAAUGAAAUAUGUUUCAGCAUAUCACAGUGCAUUUUAAAAAAUUAAAAUGAAGCACAAUGACAGUUCUAUUACUAGAAAAGAUAUAAAUAGUAAAAUAGUUAAGAAACAGAAAUACGUAGAAAAGAAUUGACUUAACAGGGAUUGGAAAAAACUCAGUAAAUGUCAAUUUGCAAUUGAAAAGUGAAGUGCUACUUAGCUUCUCUUGUGAACUUCAUUCCACAAAACCUCUUAAAUAAAGUGAAUCAAAAUAUCUACAUGGUUUAAGUCAGGAAAGUGAAUGGUUGAAUGAAGUGGUCUUCAGACAGGAUGUAUGGAUUCAUCCAUUUUGAUUUGUGCAAUCUAGUAUAGACAUAUUUACAACCACAAAAAACAUGACUCUUGUAGCCACAUUCUUAAAAUAGUCACAGCUUAUAGCUGAGUGCAGGUUACAGAAGGAAGGCAGCAUUGAAUGACAUUGAAUGCCUAUUUUAUUAACUACCAAAUCUGACUGUCUUCGGACUACACUUGUAACUUUGAUACAAAUUGCUUGAUGCUGGGAGAUAUGUUAAUUAUAGUAAUUUCUAUGGUUAUAAUUGGAUAUGUACAUUGUUUUCUACUACUGUACUUAAAUCCCAAACUAUAUGGAGAACAUUAACACUUGAUACAGUGCAUUAAAAGCUCUUCUUCUAAAUCAAACAUUCUUGGUAAUUCAAACAUUAAAUAUUGUGCUACUCAUAA